AUGUUAGAUUGUGAUAAAGUGCUUACAAGUUUCAGCGGUAACAUAUCGUCACCUCAUUAUGGCUUUUGGAAGACAGACUUCAACUGCAGAUGGGUCAUCAACGUCACAUCUGAGUAUAUUUUGAAAAUAACAUUUACAACGUUUGAAGUUUCUAAGCUUACAUCGAGUAAAGUUUAUAUCAAGGAAAACAAUGGUGUCGCUGAUACUAAAGUCGAUUCAUAUUCUGGAACGAAUCCACCUAUAUUAAAUAGAGCUUACAUUUCCUUCUCCAAUAUCGUGGUUGUUGAACUUGAGAAUAAGAAAGAUAGUGAAGUAGGAUAUUUUGCAUUAACCUACCAGUCUGUGAAAAAAUGUGGAAAUGAUAUAACAAACUUUGAAGGAAUAUUAGAAAAUAACGUAACGUCUGAUGGAUUUUUCGAACCAAACUUAUAUUGUGAGUGGAACUUUAAAGCCCCUUCUGGCUACACGUGGAACUUGACUUUCCAGUACAUUGACAUGUCUCUUGACGUUCCAUCAGAAUGUAUUAAUAAAUUGGAGUUGUAUGAAAACGUCGUCAGUUUCAACCCGACUUACACGUUUUGUCAAAGAUCAACAAAGGUGGCAUAUCGGUCAGAUAAUAAUUUAUAUAAGAUAGUCUUUUCAACUUCUGAAAAAUCGGAACACAGAAGAAAAGGCUUUAGGCUCAUUUACAAAAUGCUCAAUUUUUCGUGUGGUGGGACACUGAAUGCUACCUCAACCAAUCAGACGUUCACAUCUCCCAACUUCCCCUUGCCGUACGAGACCGGCGUCACUUGCAGAUGGCUCAUAAAAGGAUUCAAAGAACAAAAUGUUAUAAUCUUCUUCAACACGUUUCAGCUCUUGAAAACGGAUUUGUGCAGAGAUGAAUCUCUAUCCAUCAUUAAUAUUGAUAAUUCUGAAAAAUUAUUAUGCGGUGAAUCGACAACUUUGCCAUCGUUCAAGUCUGUCGACGAACAUCUCACGAUUCUUUUCAAAUCUGUCAUAAGGGAGGAAAAUAAUCUAAAGGGCUUCAACAUAACUUAUGCGGUGACAGGCUGCUCACAAGAAUUUAGAGCUAUGACAGGCCGUAUCACAAGUCCUAACUACCCUAAGGAACAUAGAGGAAACCACAACUGCAAUUAUAAGAUUUUGGCUCCUAGCGGCACCAAGCUAUCUCUUUUCUUUACGGACUUUAAAUUAGAAGAUGAUUUUAGGUGCGAAUUCGAUUACCUGACUGUAACUGACUCAUCGAACCGUCAAAUCAAGAAGCUUUGUGGGUUUUAUAAGCCGGGACCUUUAUUCUUAACAGAUAACAUUGCUUCCUUGAAUUUUCAGACAGACGACCAAGAUCAUUUUGGGGGAUUUGACCUAACUUACAUAGCAUCGCACGGCGGCUGCGGUGGUACGUUACAAGAACUAAAGGGCUUGUUCACCAGUCCCAAUUAUCCAAACCCUCCCUCUACUGCGUACACCUGCUUGUGGAAAAUAAUUCUACCCGCAAAUUACAAAUUCAGAAUGUAUUUGGAAAUAACACCAACAACAGCUUCUUUGAAAGACUGCAUUCUAGAACACAGUCAGCUGACAAUUUAUGAUGGUCCUUCCGAACUUGCUUCUCACAAUUCUUAUUGUAAACCGGAAGCUAACAAAACUUUAAACAUCCUAAAAGACACUAUCCUAAUUAAAUAUACGAGCACCAAUUCAACGGAUGAGAACAUUGUUUUUCAGCUAUUGUACGAAGGCUCAUUGCACUUCCACAUUAACAACAAUAACAACAACUACAUCACAAACUUCAACAUCUACAGCAACGCUCCAGUUGAAGGCGGCAACAGUUACUCAACGGCUCCAACUCCACUAUCUGAUGAUCCUCAUGACGGAGACGACAGUGGUGAUGACGAUGAUUUGUUUUAAAACAACGUUCUUUCACUAAAUAUUUUUGAAUAUGAUUUUCAAAAAACUUUUUUAAACUUUGCGACAAAAUUAAUUUACUUUUAUUGUUUGUUUUUUGUACAUUUAAGAUUUGGUAAAAAAAAAAUGCGAUCGUCCU